AUGUCUAAGAGAGGACGUGGAGGUUCCGCGGGAGCGAAGUUCCGCAUAUCCCUGGGUCUCCCAGUGGGUGCCGUGAUCAACUGCGCCGACAACACAGGUGCCAAGAACUUGUAUGUCAUUGCUGUCCAAGGUAUCAAGGGUAGAUUGAACAGAUUACCAGCUGCCGGAUCUGGAGACAUGAUUGUAGCCACAGUCAAGAAGGGUAAACCAGAACUCAGAAAAAAGGUAAUGCCAGCAGUUGUGAUAAGACAGCGGAAACCAUUCAGAAGGCGGGAUGGAGUGUUUAUAUAUUUCGAGGACAAUGCAGGCGUGAUAGUGAACAACAAGGGGGAGAUGAAGGGAUCAGCCAUCACUGGACCCGUUGCUAAGGAAUGUGCGGAUCUCUGGCCCCGUAUCGCCUCAAACGCUAGCUCUAUAGCUUGA